GACAGAGAACGACACGUUUAACGGAACUAAUUGUGUUGAAAAAAAAAAGAGUUGAAAAUGGCAAAUUGUGAAGAGGAACAGUUUUCGACUGAAGAGGGUUCGACGCUGGAGGAGCUAAGAAAAAAGCUCGCAAGUCUGAAUCUGCCGAUAUCAGGUUCGAAGUCAGUGCUGAUGGCCAGGCUGAACCGAGCGUAUAAGGCUGGUCAAUCAACUCCGAAGGAAUCGAAGCGCGAUGAGGAAUCGGUAAAUCAGAGAAACCUAAGGAGUGGGCAGAGAGCUGAGCGCGAUCAGGAUGGAGACGAAGACCUCGAGAAGCUGAGGACGAAGGAGUUGAGAGCGCGCCUCGCUAGCUUGGGGUUAAAGGUCACAGGGAGAAAAUCUGAACUACGCGCACGGCUACGGGCGGCCCUGGAAGGAGACAACGUAUCGUCGGAAGAAGAAAGCGACGACGAAAGUGACAAUGAAGAAGAUGAGAGAGACGUGAUAAAACACGAGGGAGGUACGCGAGCGAUGUGCUCGGACCGUGAUGAAUAUCGCCAAAAGGCAGGUACCGUCUCGGUAUUAAGCUUUAAAGACGUCGAAGACGCAUUAGAAUUGUUUAGCGGCGACAAAGGUGAAAACGUGGAGCGAUGGUUCGAAUCAUUCGAAGAAGUCGCGGACACGUGUAUGUGGUCCGACGGUCAGAAGGCAGUCUACGCGAGGAAGCUGCUGAGGGGAUCGGCGAAAAUAUUCGCAAGCUUCGAGUGCCAUGCCAGGACUUGGCAUGAGCUGAAGAAGGGACUAAUCGGAGAGUUCUCCAGAAAGUCCAACAGUAGGCAAGUACACCAAAAGCUUAAUGGGACGAGAAAGAAAAGCGACGAGGCGUGCUUGGCCUACAUGUAUCGCAUGCUGGAAAUAGCCAGUCAUGCCGAUAUAGAGGAAGAAGUCAAAGUAGAGUACAUCAUAGACGGGAUAAUAGACGAAGAAGUUCUUAAAUCUAUGCUGUAUGGUGCUGCAUCCAUCAAGGAGCUAAGGAAGAGGCUAAUCGCGCACGAGAAGCCACUGUUGAAGCUGUAUCGCGUUGGAGCGGAGACUCAGCUGCAUACGGAUGCGUGCAGCGGGGGAUACGGAGCGAUCUUACUGCAACGCGACAGCGAGGACAACGUUUUUCACCCCGUGUAUUACUCGAGCGGAAAGACUUCACCGGCUGAAGAGAAGUACACCAGUUACGAGCUUGAGGUUUUGGCCAUCGUGAAAGCGCUGAAGAAAUUCCGUGUCUACUUGCUCGGCAUUCCAUUCAAAAUCGUUACAGAUUGUCAGGCAUUCGCAUUAACAAUGCGGAAAAAGGACUUGUGCGUGCGCGUCGCGAGGUGGGCAAUCCUCCUAGAGGAGUUCGAUUAUAAGGUGGAGCAUAGGCCCGGGACCAGUAUGAUGCAUGUCGACGCGUUGAGUCGAAAUCCCCUACCCGAGGUCAUGCUAAUAGACGAAGACGAACGAGGGAUAGUCGUACGUUUGAGAGAAGCGCAGUUGCAAGAGGAUGACCUGCGACAGAUCCGAGACAACAUAAAGCAGUACGAGGCCGACGGGCACAUCUUAAGAAACGAACUUUUGUAUCGAGAAGUAGAAGACGCACCGCUAUUGGUCGUGCCGAAGUCGAUGCAAACCCAAGUGGUCCGACGAGCUCACGAACGUGGCCAUUUCGGCGUUACCAAAACAGAGGCGUUGGUAAAAAGGGACUACUGGUUCCGGGGAAUGCGCGAGAAAGUGGAAAGGGUGGUGCGGAGCUGCAUCGACUGUAUCCUUGCGGAGAGAAUAUAA